AUGGCGGCGCGGGGGUCGCGGUCCCGCCGGCUCCGCCUUCUCCUCCUGCUCCUGGUUCAGGUGGUCGCCGGGCGCUGCGGUCCGGCGGGCGCGGCGGGCAGCGCGCGCGGAGGAUUAUCUGAACCAUCCUUUACUGCAAAACAUGAAGACAGUUUGUUUAAGGAUUUAUUUCAAGACUACAAGAGAUGGGUUCGUCCUGUGGAGCAUCUGAAUGACAAAAUAAAAAUAAAGUUUGGCCUUGCAAUAUCUCAAUUAGUGGAUGUGGAUGAGAAAAACCAGUUAAUGACAACAAAUGUCUGGUUGAAACAGGAAUGGAUAGAUGUAAAACUAAGAUGGAACCCUGAUGACUAUGGUGGAAUUAAAGCUAUACGUGUCCCUUCAGACUCUGUCUGGACACCAGACAUCGUUUUGUUUGAUAAUGCAGAUGGACGUUUUGAAGGGACCAGGACGAAAACAGUCGUCAGGUAUGAUGGCACCAUCACAUGGACUCCACCGGCGAACUAUAAAAGUUCCUGUACCAUAGAUGUCACGUUUUUCCCAUUUGAUCUCCAAAACUGUUCCAUGAAAUUUGGUUCUUGGACUUAUGAUGGCUCACAGGUUGAUAUAAUUCUAGAGGACCAAGAUGUAGACAGAAGAGAUUAUUUUGAUAAUGGAGAAUGGGAAAUUGUGAGUGCCACGGGGAGCAAAGGAAACAGAACCGACAGCUGCUGCUGGUACCCUUAUGUCGCCUACUCGUUUGUGAUUAAGCGUCUGCCUCUCUUUUAUACCCUAUUCCUUAUCAUACCCUGUAUCGGGCUCUCGUUUUUAACUGUGCUCGUCUUCUAUCUUCCUUCAAAUGAAGGUGAAAAGAUCUGUCUCUGCACGUCAGUCCUUGUUUCUUUGACUGUCUUCCUUCUGGUUAUUGAAGAGAUCAUACCGUCCUCUUCAAAAGUCAUCCCACUGAUUGGAGAGUACCUGGUGUUCACCAUGAUCUUUGUGACUCUAUCGAUUAUGGUGACCGUCUUCACCAUCAACAUCCACCAUCGUUCCUCCUCCACACACAAUGCUAUGGCACCUUGGGUCCGCAAGAUAUUUCUUCACAAACUUCCCAAGCUGCUCUGCAUGAGAAGUCAUGUAGACAGGUACUUCACUCACAAAGAGGAAACUGAGAGUGGUAGUGGACCAGAAUUUUCCAGAAACACACUGGAAGCUGCGCUUGAUUCUGUUCGCUACAUUACCAGACACAUCAUGAAGGAGAAUGAUGUCCGUGAGGUUGUUGAAGACUGGAAAUUCAUAGCCCAGGUUCUUGAUCGGAUGUUUCUGUGGACUUUUCUUCUGGUUUCGAUUGUUGGAUCUCUUGGGCUUUUUGUUCCUGUCAUUUAUAAAUGGGCAAAUAUAAUAAUACCAGUCCAUAUGGGAAAUGCAAAUAAGUGAACUCCCCCAAGGGGUUGAAGCAUGACUUCAGUUAUCCAACACACAUAUAUCUGUGUUACCCAUAAAAUUAUGAAAAUGUAACUAUGAUUUGAAGUUUGGUGCAAUCUUUAAUAGAGUAACAGUUGCUGACAUCAAUUUACCUUAAUAGAUUAUCCAUUAGAACAUCUGCCUGUAUGACUGGAGUAAUAAUUGAUAGAAUAACAUUUGAUCUAUAAAUAGAAGCAAAAGAUUAUCCAUAAUGUGCUGGUGAAAACUCUUGUUUAUAUCCUAGCAAAAUAAUAUUAAUUUAAAAUCAAAAGUGAAGUUCAGGCAGGGCACAGCAGUUCACGCCUGUAAUCCUAGCACUGUGGGAGUCCAAGGCAGGUGGAUUGCUUGAGCUCAGGAAUUCGAGACCAGCCUGCGCAAGAGAGACCUAGUCUCUACUAAAAAUAGAAAAAGCCAGCUGGGCAUUGUGGUGGGUGCCUGUAGUCCCAGCUACUCAGGAAGCUGAGGCAGGAGGAUCGCUUGACCCCAGGAGUUUAAGGUUGCUAUCAGCUAUGAUGCUAUGGCCUUCUAUCCAGGGUGACAAAGUGAGGCUCUGUCUACAAAAAAAAAAAAAAAAGUGAAGUUCAUCUUUUGAUUGUGCUGGAAAAUUCCAGUUAUAUUUUAAGACUAAUUUUAAAACUUUUUCUGGGUGGGGUGUGGUGGCUCCCUCCUGUAAUCCUAGUCCUGAGAGGCUGAAGCGGGAAGAUGGCUUGAGGUCAGGAGUUUAAGACCAGCCUGCGCAGAAGUGAGACCCUCUCUACCAAAAAUAUAAAAAGCUGCCAGGCACUGGCAGGCACCUGUAGUCCCAGCUACUUAGGAGACUGAGACAGGAGGAUCACUUCAACCCAGAAGUUUCAGAUUUCUGUGAGCUGGGCUUACACCACGGCACUCUAGCCUAGGGCAACAGAGAGAGACUAUCUCAAACAAAAAAAAACUUCUUCUGCAUCUGGUAAAGGUAUACAUUUUUAAACUCUUUCUAUCCUGAAUAACAGCCGAACAGUAUACUCUAUCUUCAGUAUAAUAUACUGCUAUAUUAAAGAAGUUGACUACUCAAUAUAAUGACUUAAUGUAAUGCUGCU